AAUUCAACCAGCUUUUACAACAACAUUCUGCCCUAAAAACUUCAUUGAUCGUUAGAAUCUGUGAUAAAAGUUGAAAACUCGUUUUUCUGGUGCAGCAAAGCAACAGCAACCCAGCUCAAGUCCCAACAUACCAGACAAAAUGACCAACAAGUACGACGCGCUGAAGCCCUACGGUAGCGACAGUGACGAUAGCGGCGACGAAGGUACGGACUUUGACGUCGACAAGUUGGAACCCCUCGAGGUUGGGCCGGGCGAACACAAGCUACAGUACACGUACUGCCUUUGGUUCGCGAAGAAAGGGUCUCACAGAGCUGCGGAAUACGGCAAAUCGCUACACUUUGUUGGCCGAUGUGCCAGUGUGGAGCAGUGGUGGACCUUGUAUUGCCAUUUAGUUAAGCCUACCGUAUUGAAAUCCUUCCGAAAGUUACACCUAUUCAAGAGUGGCAUAAAACCCAUGUGGGAAGACCCAGGCAAUGUGCGCGGCGGCAAAUGGGUCAUCCGGUUGAGAAAAAAUAAAGUAGACCGCGCGUGGGAAAAUGUUUGCAUGGCAAUGCUCGGAGAGCAGUUCUUGGUCGGUCCAGAAAUAUGUGGCGUGGUACUUUCGACGCAGUUCCCGGAGGAUUUGCUGUCCAUCUGGAACCGAACCGCCACAGACACAACCAGUACCAAUCGAAUCCGGGACACGUUACGGAGAAUUCUGAACCUAUCCCCUUCGACGCACAUGGAGUAUAAACCGCACUGCGAUAGUCUCAAGUACCUUUGAAACUGUUUCGCCAUCGUUUGGCGUAUCGUUAUUCUGCCGGGUUUUCCUCUUUUUCUGUAACUCUCAGGAUGGAUGGUCAUCCUCAAAAGAAAUAAAAAAAAAUAAUAUGAUAGCUGAAUCUAAACGAUUAGUAAGCGAA